AUGCCGAAAACCAAGACUUCCAAAAGCCUCCUGCGCAAUGACGUCAACUUCCCGACAUUCAGCGACCUUCCAGAUGAGAAUGAUGUUGAUCUCACCUACUACGACGAGGGCCCAUACGGAUUUGCACCCAGCCAGCACUGGUGCUUUCUUGGCGAGAUUGUUGACUCUUACGGUCUCGGACGAAUCCUAUUACGCGUAAAGGACAAGGAAGAUCAGGUCGUUACCAUCGGGCUGUACACAGAUGACCGCGGACAAGCGCUCGCUCCGCAAAUCAAGCAAGGACACACAGUUGCUGUGCUAUAUGGCGAACAGCAUGGGUUCUUAGACAUGAGCGUUGGUAUACGCGUCGAAGAAGCCUCCGUUAUCAGAAUCAUACCAUGCUCGCUCGAGCAGCUGCUGAAGGUCAGCGAUGAUGUGGCUGCACGCAACUCGGACCGCCAAUCAAGAUGCUGUGGGUCUUGUGGUCAAAAGGAGGAUACAUCUGACAAGACGCACUUGCGCUUGUGCUCCCGCUGCAAACAAAUGUCAUAUUGUGGAGAGGCUUGUCAGAAGAAAGCCUGGGUGGACGGUCACAAGGUUGACUGCAAGGUACUUGUUUGGGUACAGUGGUUCGCGGCAAGAAACUGGAGAGUGUUCAAUGGAUAUUUCAAUUUCUGA